AUGUCCCGUGACGCCUUGCGACAUAUCACAGAACACGACAACAGCCACGACUACCCUUACUGUUGGGGCUAUACUAUCUUCCGCACUUUAUAUACGCCCGGUUCCGAUGAGGCCAUCGCAAACGCCAUUGAGCGGCUAGCUGUCUAUGCGAAGAAUUUCACUCAGGAACACCAAAUUUAUCCAAGGGUGCCGGGAGCUGCGGUGGCAUUCGACAUCCGCCCGAAUGAAGAGCUCUGGAGCCGCUACUAUAGUGAGCUGGUACAGGACGGGCAGAUCUGCGGGUUCCCCUGCGGAGUCGCCAAGCAGGGGGUCGGUUAG